AACAAGACAUAAACAUGGCACAGUUUACAUUGCUCUGAGAGGAAGUGGAAAGAGUUUGUGGAGCGUGAUCUAAUGAUCAAUUAUAAACACAGAAGAGGAGAAGUGAGCUUUCUGCUGUGUUGUGAUUUCACAUCAAUCUCGUGACCGGUCCAGAUAACAGAUACCAUUAUGAUAUUAUAUUAAUCUGCUUUGAAAGAAUAACCAGUCACUCACCUUUAGUGGGAGGCACCAGAUUACCAUUGUCUGGAAACUCACCUGCGUCUGGGCCAUUCUUUUAGUUUUGUUUUUCCUGAAAUGUCACAUCUCACUAAACAUGCUGUGAUGAAUGAAGACGUCCAGACAUCUCCCGCAGGAUUCUUAACAUGUUCAAACACUUGAAUCUGCUGCUUCUGCUCAGCCUUUUCAAUCACAGCGGAUCCAUCACUCGAUCUGUGAAAGGAAUAAAAGGAGGCGACGCCACCCUGUCAUGUGAAUUUAAAGACACUCAUUAUCUUGAUUUGAGCAGGUUAACAAGCAUCCUUUCUUGUCAGAAUGAAGAAUGUGAGAGUGAAAGUGAAAGUCAGAAUGGACGAGUGUUUAAAACAGGAUCAUGUGCCGUGAUUAUCAAGAAUCUGAGACUGAGUGAUGCUGGGAAAUACAUUUUAACAGUCUAUUACACUAAUACUCAGGCAGAAGUGAAGCGUCAAAUCAGGACAUACCGACUUCAUUUUCACGAUGAGGUUUCAGUGAAGAAAGGAGAGGAGCUGAAGUUAGAUGUUCUGUUGCCCAAUGCUAAUAAAGUAGUGCACUGGACCAGAAGAAGCACAGGACCGAAGGAGGACUGGAGCAGAAGCCAUGGGCUCAGAAGUGAUCGAAUGAGCAUCAGAGAUAGAAACCUGAUCAUUAGUAACUUUACAGCCAGAGACACAGGAACAUAUGAGGUUCUGGACACUGAAGGAGAAAUCCUGAUCAUGGUGACAGUCACAGAAUCAGAGGACAAGAGGAACCUCAUGAAUGAUGACAAACAGCAGCGUACUCCCUCUCUUCUACCUGAAGCGUACUGGAUCGUCCCAGUUGAACUCUUAGUGUUUUUGGUGAUUCUGGUUGCUUUGAAAGGAAAAAGGAUGCACAGAUGUCCAGGAGCACAACUGCACGUUUGCUGAAGGGCAUGCCUAUAUACUUGACUAGACGAAUGCAGCUAAUGUUAAUUAAUUUUGGACAAGAUUGAAGUCACCUCUGUGAUUUCUGUGCUCAAAACGGAAUUGAAAUGUUGAAGCUGCUGCUAACUCACUUUUUAUCGACAGAAAUCCUCCUCAGUUUAUCAAGAAUAGACUAAUGGACACAUACAAUACUGCAGGUUAGGUUUCUUCACAUUCAUCUAAAGCAGUGAUGAUGACAGUAAUUCUAGCUCCUUGAUUUUUAAGAGUGUAAAGGGAAUAAAUAUGGGACCGAACAUAUAUUUCAUUGCUUUCUCUCAGAGUUAUAUCAUUGGCUAAUCAUGUCCCUUUAGUGGCUCAGUUAUAUAUUUAAUGGUGCGUAUUUAUUAAUCACCUCUUAUCAUAUUUUAAUUAUUCUC